AUGAAACUCGGACAAUUUGAUCGGAAAUGGACUCAGCUGGUUGAAAUGGUUGAUGACGAAAUGCGGUCUAUUGCAAUGAAGGCCAACGAACUGCGUCAUCGGUAUAUCAUGAAAUGCUUACACAUUACCCGUCCAUAUAACAGUCCAAUGGAAAAUUGGGCUGCACAAAAAAACAAAAGUGAUUUUGUCAAUAAUCGACCAAAACCAUAUCAAAAUGAUACCAACUUUUCUGACAAAGCUCAUAUGAACACGAUGUCAAUGCAUCAGCAGCAGUACAAGAAAUCUGGUUACGGUGGUGUUUACAUGAACAGAGUUCAAGGUUCAAGACCUCCAUUUCGAAGUUCAGUAGGGUUCAAUUCUACUGAUCAGAUGGGUCAAACAAGUACUUUCAAAAGAACCGAUAGUAACACAAUCGACAACAAUAAAAUUGGUGCGAACGUAGGCUCAAAUUCAGUGGUCAAAUCUGCUGUGCCAGAGGUGCCUUUCCCGACGAAAGAAUCAGAUUCCAAUAAAGUACCGAAGUUUUAUUGUGACAUAGAAGGCAAACUACGAUUGAUUAACAUCACGUAUGCAAUUCUAGCAGCACUAGCUGGGGAAAUUUCGGAAUCUGAAAAUGAUGUCGGAUCGGUAAUUGUGAAUGUCGCUUCAAUGGAAAAGAUUCCAAGUCAAAACGAUCUUUCUCAUGCAAGCGAUUUAUCUGCUAAAGAAACGAGUGUUUCAACAGUUGAUGAGCCAUGGGAUACAAGAGUUCUUCGUUAUCCUUACGGAAAACCUUUAGAACUGAAUGUAUAUGUUGUCGAUCUUGAAGGCCCUUAUGCAUGGGUACGUUUGAGUGAUGGUGAGGAACCACCACGUUUUGAUGAAGUAGAUAUGAAACUGGAAGCAAUGAAGGCAGUAGAAUGGGAAGAAGUGUUCCCCGGAACACCUUGUGUGGUAUAUGCACGUUUUAAAUCUCUUGAUCUGGUCAAUGAUGGCAGGGCACGUGGAUUUACGGAGUGCGGAUCUUAUGCUCGUGCAAUCGUGGAAUACUGUAAUGAUUCUAAGAAAACAGUAACUGUGCGUUUGGUUGAUUUCGGUUUCCGACUCACGGAACUAGACGCAUCAGCCAUUAAACCAUUAAUGAUUAAUUUUGAUGGACCGCCUCUAGCAUUCCGUCUGCAAAUUGAUUCUCUCCCGAAAGUAUUCUUUGUAUUAUUUAAAAAAUGCCGACGACAGAAAGAAAGAUUGAAUCGUUAUGUGACUCUUUCUACUCGUUUGACACCAGCUAAUGAGAGAUCAUAUUUGUGUUGGCCGAAAACUUGGAAGGCAUUAGAUGUGCAAAAGGAAAUUUUGAACAGAAACUAUAAUGAUUAUUCGGGCUUUCGAUCAACUACUCAGAACUUCCGACAUCGGCAAUAUGUUGGUCAAAGUCUCGCCCCAGAAAUGCCAACAAAUAUGGGGAAAGAAUCAAAAGCAAUGAAGUGUCCAAAUGAUGAGCAUUCUUCUCCUCAUUCUACUCAACUAUCAGUUGGUAGCAAUCAGCCGAUAACCUGCCGCUUCCCAAUGCAAACACCGGCACGCAUGCAAAUGUUUAAGCCUCCUAAAAUAAAUCCACUAACAUUGGUUUUAAAAACGGAUGAUAAAAUAAGAGGUUAA